AACAAAUUCCAUGAUUAAGAUCCUAUCUGUCAUAACAAGCUUCAUUAUUUGAAAACGUAUUUGUUGUUUAAAACUUGGACUGUCUGAAAAGAAAUAUAAUAUGUCGGGAGAUUCUACUCCAAGGAAAUUAAAAAGAUUUUCCGAAUCUGAUAGGACGUCCGAAUUUGAUGCAGCUACUCAAAAAGCUCUGGAGGAAAUUGAUAUCUGUCAAAACGAAAUAGAUAGCAUAAACGAAAAAUCUAGUGAAGAAAUAUUGAAAAUAGAACAGAAGUAUAAUCAGUUACGAAAGCCCUUUUUUGAGAAAAGGAAUAAUUUAAUUAGUAACAUUCCUAACUUCUGGAUUACUGCUAUACAAAAUCACCCUGAUUUAAGUGAGUUAUUAGAUAAUGAAGAAGAAGAUUGUCUCCAUUUUUUGAUAAAGAUAGAAGUUCAGGAAUUCGAAGAUAUUAAGUCUGGUUAUUGUAUCAAGUUUUAUUUUGAGGAAAACCCUUACAUUGACAACACUGUCAUUACAAAGACAUAUCACUUAGAUUGUGCUACUCCAACCUCCCAGAGUACCAGAAUUAUAUGGAAGGAAGGUUGCAAUAUUGGACAAAAUAUUGAACCACCUAAAUCAGGAAGGAAACGCCGUAUUGAAAGAUCCAAAACUUUCUUUGGGUGGUUUGUUGAUAAUGUUGACCCAUAUACUGAUGAUAUUGCAGAAGUCAUCAAAGAUGAUCUCUGGUUAAAUCCACUUCAGUACUACCUGGUAGCUGAUGUAGAAGGGGAUACACAUGUAAGUGAAAUAUCAAGCAGCAAUGAUGAAGAGGAGGAGGAGGGGGAAGAAGAUAGAAGCCAAAAUAAUUAAGUCUAUUUUUUUAGCAAUGAAGUAUUACUGUCAUACUUCCAUUUUAAUCAAUUGAUUUUGGUAUAUAAUUCUUAAUAUAAAUAAAAGAACAAAAGACCAAUUAAACCAUAUUUUGCCCAAAUAAUUUUAAUUUUAUAAAACUGAAAUAAUUUUCAAAAAGAUGUUGCAAAGAUCUUUGAUUUGAACUUUUAAUAUUUUGGACAUUUGGGCAAGGGUCAAAUAUUUUAGUAGAAUCUUAAAGUUUGUAAUUCUUCUGUGUACAUCACUUGAGACCCUACAUGUUUCUAGAACUUGACUGUGAGAAUUUUCUUGCAAAUCCUGUCUUUUCAGUAGAGUUUAC